CACAUUCAUCCUCUGCCAAGGGAAGCCGCCGGGCGCUCGCUGGCUCCGUGCGCUCUGCCCGCGGGAGGACACUGUCGCCGCGUCCCACGCCGCCGCCUCGUCGCCGCCUGGAGCUAUGGCUGGACUCGGCCAUCCCGCCGCCUUCGGCCGGGCCACCCACGCCGUGGUGCGGGCGCUGCCCGAGUCCCUCUGCCAGCACGCGCUGAGGAGCGCCAAGGGCGAGGAGGUGGAUUUCGCCCGCGCGGAGCGCCAGCACCAGCUCUACGUGGGCGUGCUGGGCAGCAAGCUGGGGCUGCAGGUGGUGGAGCUGCCGGCCGACGAGAGCCUCCCGGACUGCGUGUUCGUGGAGGACGUGGCCGUGGUGUGCGAGGAGACCGCCCUCAUCACCCGACCCGGGGCCCCGAGCCGGAGGAAGGAGGUUGACAUGAUGAAAGAAGCAUUAGAAAAACUUCAGCUGAAUAUAGUAGAGAUGAAAGAUGAAAACGCAACUUUAGAUGGUGGAGAUGUCCUGUUUACAGGCAGAGAAUUUUUUGUGGGCCUUUCCAAAAGGACAAAUCAACGAGGUGCUGAAAUUUUGGCUGAUACUUUUAAGGACUAUGCAGUCUCCACUGUCCCAGUGACCAAUGCUUUGCAUCUGAAGAGUUUCUGCAGCAUGGCCGGGCCUAACCUGAUUGCAAUUGGCUCCAGUGAAACUGCACAAAAAGCCCUGAAGAUCAUGCAGCAGAUGAGUGACCACCGCUAUGACAAACUCACCGUGCCAGACGACGUGGCUGCGAACUGUAUAUACCUUAAUAUUCCCAGCAAAGGGCAUGUGUUGCUGCACCGAACCCCAGAAGAGUAUCCAGAAAGUGCAAAGAUUUAUGAAAAGCUGAAGGACCAUAUGCUGAUCCCCGUGAGCCUUUCUGAACUGGAAAAGGUGGACGGGCUGCUCACUUGCAGCUCAGUGUUCAUUAACAAAAAGGUCGAUUCCUGAGGUGCAGAGUCCCCCCGAAGGUGGCAGUCCUGCACACACCACGCCGAUGACUCUGUUCCCACCUCUGUUGUUUUCACUGACAAUCUACUGUGCCACUGUGCUACUAACUCUUGUUUACAAAAAUUUAAUUUUACCUUUAAUUGCUUUCUUUUGUGCCCUACCCUCACGGUGGUACUUAAACUGUGGAUUUGCAAAAUGAAUUACGCAAUCUAGAGAAUAUAGAGCUAAUGAACUACUGAAAUGUGCAUAAUAAUCGUAAGGAAACACUCAUUUUACUGUUUGUGUUCCCAAUGUGGAAAUCACUUAGUUGCCGAUAUACUGGGAAGAAUGUCUUCUUGAUCAGUCAGAAAAACUGUUGUUUUUGCUUUCUUUUUCCUCUCAUUAGUCAUCUUUGGUACCUGUGAAAUUCCCUGGUCCAUGUAUCUUCCUCCCUUCCGCUUUACU